AUGAGAGCGUUGGGAGUAGUCGAAAAAAGUGUCAUAUUAUUAGUUGUUAUAUUUUUAAUUAAAAGUUCUGAUUCGCUGUUUAAAGUGACCAAUAUAAAAUGCCAGUGCUACGACAAGACCUUUUGCGAUUUUCCGCAGUGCGAAUUAAAGGUAUUGGGUCGAGGAAAAGUUGGCAUAUUUAUCUACACCAAGAUUUAUCAGCUACCCAUAAAAAAGUGCUUGUAAGAUUAUAGUUAUUGAGUGCCAACAGUAAUAACAAUAAUAUUUGGUUAUUUCCAGGUCAAUCUAAGCCUGUUUAGAAAGUUUAGUGGCUAUCGGCCCUUCAUGUACAAUGUCACCGUGGAUUUCUGCGAUUACAUCAGAAAUCCAAAGCGAUUUCCCUGGUUUGGCGUAGUCCACGAAACAAUGCUCAAUUUCACCAACGUAAAUCACAGUUGCCCAUACAAUCACGACCUCAUUGUAUCGAAGAUGGUUCUAAGUGAUAUAAUGUUGAAGAAGACCCCUUUCCAACCGGAUCGUACAUGUUCCAACUGA